AUGGAUUGGCUUGAUGAUAGUGUUGUCGAAAAGCUGCAAGCGGCUCAAGUUUUAACAGCUGACGAAGUGAAUUCGUUUCGUCAACAAGAAAGUAUCCAAGAUAUAAAGAAGGAUAUAAUAGAAAUUGUAAAAACCCGAACAGAUCGUUCGUUUUAUAUCUUCUGUAACAUUUUAAAGAACCAUCCAAAUCCAGCAUUGCAAACUCUGGGCAAUAAAUUAAGGAAGGAUAUGGAAGCACCUGAAAAUCUAGAUAUCCUCCAUGAUGUUCCAGAAUUGCCAAGCCAUCAUCUUAUUGUACGUGAUUCAUUUGUUAACACUACAGCAACGGCUCUGAUGAAAAUGAAUUUCAGUCAAGGUCGAUUACUGGUUCAUGGCAUCCCAGGAAGCGGAAAAACCAUGGCAGUUGCCAAUUCUAUAAGACACAUGGUGAAAGCAAAUGAUCUCUUUACUCCUAAUGGUAUUUUUUGGACUAAAAUCGGUGAGCUUAAAAAUAAAUUACAGGGUCAGUUUGAACUCCAGCAAUCUUGGCAGUUGUUAGCCUCCUUUCAACCUAAUAUUGGCUUGUCAACAAUUACAGCAAAUCAAGUUAUUGCUUCUGUCAUUGAAUAUUGCCGCUGCUAUCCUUUAGCGAUUACUCUUUUAGGCGGAGCACGAUUACAAUCGGAGGAGGAAUGGAAAGAAGCACUAGUAUUUAUUCAGCAGAAUAAGGAAGAUAGCCAUGGUCCCUCAGAGAACUAUCCAGCGAGUUUAUGCCGCGUUUUUCAGUUUGUUAUCAAUCGACUCCCUUCUCCGGUCGGAGCCUACUAUAGACUGUUAGGAGCAUUUAAAAAAAGCGUAAAGAUUCCGGUUGCAGCAAUAGCAACGUUAUGGGAUCAAUCGCAGCAGCUUGAAAGUAUAUUGAAAGAUUUGCACAGUAGAUCUCUAAUAGUAUAUCACCGAGAUAAAGACAAUGCAAAGAGCUAUUGCCAGAUACAUGGGACUCUGUCAGACCUGCUUCUUCAGAAUCCAGAUAAAGGGCAACAAUCUGUAGGCGCCAGUAAACAGUAUCGACAGAGUUUGCAUAAUACACUAUUAAAUCUAUAUCGCAUUCGAUGGGGUAAUUGUUGGUGGCGUAUCCACGAUCAAUAUAUACAAGAGCACUUAAUUUAUCAUUUAGUGGAAGCAUCAGAAGGCGAGUUAAUCUCUAAGCUAACGAUGGAUAUUUUAUGGGCAGAAGUAAACUUAAAAAUAAGACAAUCUCUAACAGACUUACUCCAAGAUUUGCAGCGAUGCCAAGAAUAUUUACAUUCCAAGGGCAUCUUUCCUAAAAUGGAAUUGUAUGAGACGAUCAGAAAGAACGAGCUAUAUAAACUGGUCACCGAUAUAGCUCAAAAACAAGUCGAAUACGAAGGAAAAGCGUAUGUAAACUUAAGUUUUACUGAAAACAUGGGUAAAUGGCAAAAUACAUUACAACUUGGCGAUGAAAAGGAAUCGUGUAAUCUGGCUCUAUCUAAUCCUAUUUAUGGGCCCAUAAGGGUGGCAUUUAUGAAGUCUUAUGGAUCCCCAACGGUUUGUGACUACGCUACAACAAAAGUGUUGUUUUCUACAGCAGCCUGUGGUGAAUGUGUAGUGACUUCGGCUGACGGAAAAUAUAUGGGUUUCGGUAACAAUCCAAGACGUGACAGUGAAUAUCUAUCAAGAAUAUUUCAUGUAUGGAAUAUUGAAAUGAAAUUUCAAAUGCGGUUCAGAGAUCAAAAUAACAAAAUUUCUUCGUCUUUUGAUGGCAUUCGGUUAGAAUUUUCAAACUUUAACCUAAAAUUAUGUGCUGGCAUCUCUUCUAAUUUUGAAGUUUUAUAUCUAUGGGAAAUACAAGGUGAUAUUUUCCAAUGUCUUAAGACUGCAACGUUUAAAGAAGAUCAUCUUCAUUACUGCAAUUUCAUACCUAUGACAUCUAGCAUGAUUGUAGGUAUAAAUACCUACUACAAACCAAAAUGUUUUGGAGGCGAUGAAAACUAUAAUGUUUGUCAACUACAGAUAUGGAACGUACCAGAUCUAAGUUGUCAAAGUAGUAUUAAAGUACCAGGACGACUUGCAAGCGGAACUUACUUACCUAUUCAAGAUAGUUCUAGCUCCAACGACUGUGUUAUAACCGCCAUACGUUAUGUUAAUGACGAUUAUUUUGCAGUCAGUUACGAAUCUACCUGUGUUAAAUGUAUAUUUGGUGUUCUAAAAACGAAAUUCUGCACUGGUAAAACUUCGAAGGAAUUUUAUGAGCAAUGGUCCGAAAUGUUUAUUCAAUUAAGUGAUGAUAGUGUUCAAUCAUUUGAUGUUUCGGAGGACGGACAAUUACUGGUGUCACUGACAAAAUCAUGCAACGUCUUGCUGCACCAACGGAAUUUCAAUGGAUUUGAAUUAAUCUCCAAAGUGGCGGGAGUUCAAACAACAAAGGAAAUUAAAUUUUGCGAUCAAGGUCAUGGCUUACUCAGUUAUGAUGGUAACAAUAUCUAUCAUAUGGUCUUACCGGCUCCUUGCACAGAUCAUUUAUCUCCAUCUAGUGAAGUCAUUAGCUGUGAAUUUGGCAUUGUUAAUGGUAUUCCUGUUGUUGUAAGGCACAUCACAGCUGAAGGAACAGCUUACUUAAAGAUUAGUUAUGGCCGUCAGCUUGAUCAAACGUCCUUCAUAAACCUGGGAAAAUACACUAAAAAUCAUUUAUCUGGCGUAUGUAACAGACAAAAGAUUUACGUAUAUGAACACUUAGGUGCUGUGGUCUACAUAGAUAAUUAUACCUGCAUAAAUGGAAGUUGUGUACCGAGUCGCAUACGGACCCAUUAUCAUGUAGUUACACAGUUCAAAUACGAUCUUGUUACUGGAUUUAAGCUUAUAGGAUUAGGCAGUCCUUGUAAAGUCCUCUGGACUACCGAAGAAAUAGUAGAUAAUGACGAUUUUCGAUACCUCAAUCUUCAAUCGUUCUAUCGUAAAAGCGGAAAUCGACUGAUUUUUAUUCAGUAUGGGAAGAUUUACCAAUUAGAAGGUGAUGAAAUUAAAGAAAUCAACGAUGCUUUACAAUAUGAAAAUACAGAGGUCAAGAGCAAGUAUCAUUAUUUUGUUUUAUUGAGGGAAAGAGAUCAUUAUCUGCUCACUGGAUAUGAUCACUCUCAAGGCAAGCUCAUAGAAGGCAGCGACGACUCUAUACUAGAAAAAGAUUUAUUUUGGCCUAAAAAGUACUUUCCUUAUGUUAAUGACGAACAUAAGUCUCAAAUUGACCUUUACAAAUUCAAUACGCUUAUUCCACAUUUACAACUUCGAUCCCCUAAAUUACUGAAGAAGAUUAUAGCUGUAAAAAUGAAUCAGCUUGAAACUAUGUUGAUGUGCCAAGAAGAAGAUGGAAACUGUAGUGUUAUCCAAAUUAUUUAA